AUGGCUGCCAUUGUAGAAAAUGCCCGUUGUUUUCGCAAUGGGUUUCGUACCACGUUUGUAAAAAAGUUGAUGAGAUCGCAUGUUUGGUUGGCGUUUCUGUGUUUUUUCUGCAAUGGUGGACUGAGCACAGACAGUCUCCGGCCGGGCGAGUCGAUUACUGCAAACCAGACCUUAGUUUCCGCCGGCGGGAGAUUCGCUCUGGGCUUCUUCUCCCCGGGAAACUCUUCCUCUUCCUUUCUCGGAAUAUGGUAUAACGCCAUCAACAACAGCGUCAUUUGGGUCGCCAACAGAGAAUCUCCUUUGCCUCAAGAUUCCAACCCAGUUUUCACCCUCGGCCAAGACGGGAACUUGCAGAUCAUCAAUGGCAAAGGAGAAACAAUAUGGUCAACAAACGUCUCCGGCGCCGGAUUUCCAAGAACCUCCCCGGAGACCCGUCUGCUAAACACCGGAAACCUUAUUCUCAAACACGGCGAUUAUGAUAGCCCUGUUUGGCAGAGCUUUGAUCACGCCUGCGACACAUUAAUGCCGGGGAUGAAGCUAAAGGUAAACACGAAAAACCGAACUCGAAACAUCAUUAAAUCUUGGACUAGCAAAGACGAUCCCCGGCCAGGGAAAUUCUCCUGGGGAAUGGAUCCUAAUGGAUCUCCACAAUUCUUCAUUUGGAAAGAAAACAGUCCUUAUUUCAGGAGCAACUUGUACCAGUACGGUUUUAACUGGAGCUUACUCUUCCCUGUCCUGGGAUAUUCCGCAUACUAUUCUUUCGCUGCAGAAAAAGAUGAAGUUUAUUUCAGCUAUGGCUACGCUGACAUCUCUGAAGUAAGGUUCAUGUUGACCCCAGAUGGCUAUGUCGAGACGCAAUUGAACCAGAAGAGAACCGAUAGAUGGCUAGUCCGGUGGCAUGUGCCCGCUAACGACUGCGAACUCUAUGCGCGCUGUGGGGCAUUUGGGAGCUGUGAAUACAAUGGUUCACACCCAGUUUGCAGCUGCUUGAAAGGGUUCAGACCCAAAUCCCAGAAAGAUUGGGAUAAUGGAAUCCAUGGAGGAGGAUGUGAGAGGAUAGUAGAUUUGAGAUGUGAUGAAGAUGAUAUGUUUAUGAGGUUGCCUUUGAUGAAAUGGCCUGACCAUUCAAGUUCAAUGGGGAGUAUGAGUUUUAAGGAUUGUGUAGAUCAGUGUUCCAGGAACUGCUCCUGCAAAGCUUUUGCUUAUGCAAAUAUCAGUUCUGAUUCUACAGUCAACUGCAUAAACUGGUUUGGGGACUUGGUUGAUUUGAUUCAUAACUAUUCAGCUGGUCUUAAUGGGUUUGGCCAAGAUCUCUACGUUCGAGUUCACAUCUCCAACCAAAGUAAAUCAAAUGGAAAUUCAGGUCACAGGAAAAGAGCUCUUCUUGUAAUAAUCAGUACUUUGGUCUCUGCAUUCAUUCUUGUUUGUGCUUUGACAUACAUCCUCAGAAGAAAAUACUUCAGAAGGAAAGAUUGGGAAGCUAAAAUGUCUACAAUGGUUAACUCUCUGUCAGUGGCAUCCCUUGUUGGAAAAGGUGAUACAGAGUUGCUACAGCUUAGCUUGGAGAGAAUAACUGAUGCUACAAACAAUUUUGAUGAAGCAAAUAAACUCGGUGAAGGAGGAUUUGGUCCGGUGUAUAAGGGAUUUUUAUCAGAAUUUGGAAUGGUAGCCAUCAAAAGGCUUUCUAAACGAUCAUCACAAGGUUUGGAGGAGUUCAAGAACGAGUUAAAGCUAAUUGCAAAACUACAACAUAAGAAUCUUGUUAGCCUGUUGGGUUGUUGCACUGAAGAUGAUGAGAAAAUACUAAUCUAUGAGUACUUGCCGAAACGAAGCUUGGACAAAUUCUUAUUUGAUGCAUCUGAGAAAGAAAGUUUGGAUUGGAAAACUCGCUUCCAAAUAAUAGAGGGAAUUGCUCAAGGAAUACUUUAUCUUCACAAAUACUCUAGACUAAAAGUCAUUCAUAGGGACUUAAAAGCCAGCAAUAUUUUACUUGAUGAAGUAAUGAAGCCCAAAAUAUCAGAUUUUGGAAUGGCAAGGAUUUUUGGAUUCGACCAAACUCAUGCAAAUACGAAUCAUGUGGUUGGGACAUAUGGCUACAUUCCACCAGAAUAUGUGAUGCAUGGUCAAUUUUCAGAGAAAUCUGAUGUGUUCAGUUUCGGGGUGCUAUUGUUAGAAAUUAUUAGUGGCCGAAAGAACUCAGAAUUCUGUCAGAUUGAACUUUCCAUUACUCUCCUUGGAUGGGCCUGGGAUAACUGGAAAGAGGGACGAACACUUGAAUUCAUCGAUCCAGCAAUAAAGAAAACAUGCGACUCUCCUAAGGCUAUUAGAUGCAUUGAAGUGGGACUUUUAUGUGUGCAACCAAUUCCAACAGAUAGACUAACAAUGUCCGAUGUAGUUGUCAUGUUGAGCAACCUUGCGACAACAAUUCCAAAACUCAAAGAGCCAGCAUUUGUUGCUAGCAACCAUUCCAACACUGUUGUUUCUACUUCUCAAGGAGGAUCAAAUGGUUCCAAUAAUGAGGUUACAAUUAGUGCCAUCGAACCCCGUUAGUUUAUUUAUUUAUCAAUUUUUUACCCACGUUUAAUUAAUAUUAUAUACCAUACA